UCGGGUGCGGAUCUCUAUUCUCCAAUAUCAAAUCUCUCUCCCUCCCUCUCUCUCCACGCCCUAGCAGAGCGUCGCCGCCAUCACCGGUUCUGCCGCCGCCGUUCCGCUCUCCUGCUCGGCCAUCGAAGCGAUUCGCCGAGCUCUGCCUAUCACUCCAGGUACUAUCUCCUCAAUCCACUUUCUUCUUUAAAGGACAAGUGUUCAACCAGUUCUAUUGCUCCGGACAUCGUUGCCCAGAGUAAUAUCAGAUUAGGGUUUCACGCACUUCUACGCGGAGAGUGUCGACAAUACCUUUGGCAUGUCCAUCGCUGCAGGAGGUUUCACAGUCAUGGAGGCGGAAGACGAUUACGUCGAGUACGUCCCUGUCGCCAAGCGCAGGGCGUUGGAAGCUCAGAAGAUCCUCCAGCGCAAGGGAAAGUCGUCUUCUCUCGAGGAAGACCCCGAGAAGGCGAAGCUGGCAGAAGCCAAACCUAGCCUUCUGGUGAAGGCGACGCAGCUGAAACGGGAUCAACCCGAGAUUAGCCCCACAGAGCAAAUGGUGCAGCAAGAGAAGGAGAUGAUUGAGCACUUAUCCGAUCGCAAGACUUUGAUGUCGGUACGUGAGUUGGCAAAGGGAAUUACUUAUAGCGAACCGCUGUUGACCGGCUGGAAGCCGCCAUUGCCGAUUCGGAGGAUGUCGAGAAAGCAGUGUGAUUUGAUUCGGAAGCAGUGGCAUAUUAUUGUCGACGGAGAGGAUAUUCUGCCACCAAUAAAGAAUUUUAAGGAUAUGAGGUUUCCCGACCCUAUUUUGAAGAUGUUGAAGGCGAAGGGAAUAGUGCAGCCAACGCCAAUUCAGGUGCAGGGUCUUCCCGUGGUCUUAGCGGGGAGAGAUAUGAUAGGGAUUGCAUUCACAGGGUCAGGGAAGACUCUGGUUUUCGUGUUGCCCAUGAUCAUGGUUGCUCUUCAGGAGGAGAUGAUGAUGCCCAUUGCACACGGUGAAGGACCAUUCGGAUUGAUUGUCUGCCCUUCAAGAGAGCUCGCUAGACAGACAUACGAAGUUAUAGAGCAGUUUUUGGUUCCAAUGAGAGAGGCCGGUUAUCCAGAGUUGAGGGCUCUGCUUUGUAUUGGCGGAGUGGAUAUGCGGUCGCAGGUGGAAGUUGUGAGGAAGGGAGUGCACAUUGUUGUUGCUACUCCUGGUAGAUUGAAGGAUAUGCUGGCAAAGAAAAAGAUGAACCUUGACAAUUGCAGGUACCUUACUUUAGAUGAGGCUGACAGAUUGGUGGACUUGGGAUUUGAAGAUGAUAUAAGGGAGGUGUUCGACCACUUCAAAGCUCAACGUCAAACACUCCUCUUUUCUGCCACUAUGCCUACCAAAAUACAGAAUUUUGCAAGAAGUGCUCUGGUGAAGCCCAUCACUGUCAAUGUAGGAAGAGCAGGUGCUGCAAAUCUUGAUGUCAUUCAGGAGGUCGAGUAUGUCAAACAGGAGGCGAAAAUCGUUUACCUUCUUGAGUGCCUCCAGAAAACCCCACCCCCUGUUCUUAUAUUCUGUGAGAACAAGGCCGAUGUGGAUGACAUUCAUGAGUAUCUACUUUUGAAAGGAGUUGAAGCAGUGGCCAUUCAUGGUGGCAAAGACCAGGAAGAGAGAGAGUAUGCUAUUUCAUCUUUUAAGGCAGGCAAGAAAGAUGUCUUGGUUGCCACAGAUGUUGCUUCAAAGGGGUUGGACUUUCCUGAUAUUCAACAUGUGAUCAACUAUGACAUGCCUGCAGAAAUUGAGAACUAUGUUCACAGAAUUGGUCGAACAGGUCGAUGCGGAAAGACGGGAAUUGCUACGACUUUCAUAAACAAGAACCAGAGUGAAACUACACUUCUCGAUUUGAAGCACCUGUUGCAAGAAGCGAAACAGAGGAUUCCUCCUGUGCUGGCUGAGCUGAAUGAUCCAAUGGAAGAUAUCGAGGCGAUUGCUAGUGCUAGUGGAGUGAAGGGAUGUGCAUAUUGUGGUGGUCUUGGUCAUCGCAUCCGUGAUUGUCCAAAGUUGGAGCAUCAGAAAAGCAUGCAAAUUGCCAGCUCCAGGAGGGAUUACUUUGGAUCUGGAGGAUACAGAGGGGAAAUUUAGAUUCCAAUAUUUUCCGUAUGUAUCAUCUUGUCUCCUACAUGUUUAACGAUCUUGCUAUCAGUUAUGCAUUGUAUGAGUUGAUGGUUGCUUUGGGGCUGCUUCCCUUCAAUGAUAAUACGACACUGUAGUUCAGUCGGAAAAGAAGCAUUAUGGUUU